CUCAUCAUCCUCCUCCUCGUCCAUCCUCCAUUAAUCUUUCUUCUUGUCAUCAUCAUCCUCCUCCUCUCCCUCCUCCCUCUCCUCCCUCUCCCCCACUCCCUCCUCCUCCUCUCUCCCCCCUCCCCACCGCCCCCGUCAUGAGCAGCAACGGUGACCGUCCACCCUCCGUCUUUCCUGAAAUCACCCCGUUCUCCUUCACACAGGGGUCAUCUGCACUGCGGAAAGCAAAGGCCGUCCAGAACUGCAGUGCAUGCCGGAGGCGCAAAACAAAGUGUGAUCGGCUGUGGCCAUGUACACCUUGUAAAGACCGAGGCGAGGCCAACCUCUGCGAGCAAUACAUCAAGGAGCCGAACGACAAGCCAACGGGGUACACUCACGUACUUGACACGUCAAUACUCGCGAACCGUGUGGCACAGCUCGAAGCGGUGCUCUCGCGAUUGCUUACGCGAGUCGACUCGCUGGACGUGUACAACGACCUGCUGAACGAAUGGAAGGACCCGCUGCCAGCAUUCAAGCCUAAGGAUCAGGAGGAGCGCGACGCUGCUGAGAGGGAAAAGAGCGAGAAGCUUGAAAUGGACAGGGAACGGCCCACGAAGCGGCGCGACUCUGGUGCUACGGACGCGUCGCGGCAAGUGUCAGCAGCAAUGGUAGCCAUUGCUCCACCAGCGACGCCAGGCAUGCUGGGUAUCACACCACAGCGAUUCGCGCCACCCAACGUCAGCAUCGACACCGGCAGCAGCGGCGCCGGGUUGAGUUCGACAAUCUCGCCCACCGCGUUCGGGCAACAGCAGGGGAUGGAAAGCAUGUCAAUGGAAAUGAGCUACCUCGGCGCAGGGAGUGCCGAGCCGGGCCCCUCGAAUUGGCUCGAGUUUGGCAACAAGCCCACGCCACCGAUCGGCCAGUUCUUCCGCGACGAGCAGCGAGAGUUCGAACCGGCCAGCAAGGCGCCGAGUGCACAUGAGCACGACGCCGCGCUCGCGCUGGAAGGCAUGGCGCUCGGCCGUGAGCUGCUUUCCGACGUUAUCCGCGCGAGCCAACCACGCGGGGCUGACGAUAACGACGAGCCGACCCCCGGAUCACCACUCACUUUCACUAGCUUCAUUCACCACAAGCGCAACUUCAAGCUUGAGGGCGAGCUAAAGCGCUUUACUGAGGCGGCUGAGCUGCCCUCCAUAAUAUUUGGCAAGUACAUUAUCAACCACUUUCUUGAGAAUGUCGACUUUCGCUGGCGCUGCCUGCACCGUCCGACUUUCGAGGCACAGUAUGCGGCACUUUCGAGUAGGCUGAGGUCCAAAAGCGUCGAGUUCUACCGUGACGAGCUCAGCUCUCUCGCGCUGUACGCAUCGUGCCUCGCAGUCGGCAUACAUUUCCUCGACGAGGACGGAUAUCGCGAUCUCAAUCUGAACGAGGAACAGGCUGAGAACCUUGCAGCCAAGUGCUGGAAGGUAUCUUACGCCGCUCUUGAGGAGAGCGACUGGAUGCAGGUGCACGACAUUCGGUCCUGCCAGGCUAUAAUCAUCGCCGGAAUCUAUUUGUCUAGCGCGCGCCGCGCUAACCAACACUGGACGCUGCUGGGGAGCGCGACCAAGGUCGCGAUGGCACUGGGGCUUGCGAGCGUGCCAGACGAAGGAAAGAUCAUCAGCGGCGAGAUCAAGCGCAUUCCCACACGCUGGCGCAACACUGUCGACCGCGAGGUGGCACGCCGCGUAUGGUACUGCCUGCUCGAGCUCGACCAGCUCUUUGCGAUCGAGUACGGCUUCUUGUAUCUGAUCUCGCCUGAGAUUAGCCAGACGACGGAGCCGGCGAAUAUCAACGACGUCGACAUCAAGCCCGACCAGCCCGUGCAUUCGCUGCCACGGGACACAUAUACGGACAUGUCGUACUUCCUGCAGCGGCUGCAGCUGUUCUACCCGUUCCAAGGCGUUGUCCAGAAGGCUAGACGCGUCGGGCGCAUGCGGUACAACUUUGUCAUUGAGGCGAACGAGGAGCUGCAGCGUGCGAUUGCGAAUACGCCGCCAUUCUUCCGAGAGACCGAUACAGGGACAGAACACCUCGUCGACGCCUCGCAGCUGUAUAAGCUGAAGCGUGAGAGCAUUGCUCUGAGUGAAGGCGCCGAUCUCCGCUUGAUGCGCCUGCACCGAUACUACUUCUCAGAGGCGUGUCACAACCCUCGCUACCUCCUUUCGAAGCAGACGUGCCUUCAGUGCGCACGCCGUAUCCUUGGGGAACGCACGCCACGGCUCACAAACGUACACUACUGGGGCCACACAUACUGCAUCUUCGCCGCGACGAUGGUGAUGAUCAUUUACCUCUCAUACGCGCUCCCGCAAGAGUUGGAGGAGACGAAGGCACGUGCCGAGAGCGGUAUUGCACAGCUGCGCUCACUGUCGCGCAAGCGCCGCACGGACUUGGGCGAGAGCGCCGACGUGCUCACCUCGCUCAUGAAUGUGCAGCUGGAGCGGCGCGCGGACGCGCCGUCCACGGACCUGAAACGCAACUUCUCCGAGGUCGAGGGCAACGAGUGGGAGGGCUGGCUGCCGCCCGAUCUUGUGGCGCUCGCACGCAUGAACCCCGGGUUUAUGGAGAUGCCGACGGACCACAACGUGCAGGCUGGGUCAGGAGACGCGGGGCUGUUGUUCGACAACAUCCUGGACGAUCUCAGCUACAACCAGUCCAACUUUAUCCUUAUGUAGCCUUGAUAUAUUGUAUAAUGGG